UACAGAUUAAAGUGAAACUUUUUCAAUAAGUUUCAGCCAAAAAAAAAAAAAAAAGAAAAGGACACUUUUUCCAUAAGUUAUGUAUGUAAGGCAAAUCAAGCUAAGCCAAAAAUAAUAUACUAAAGUAAAACGGACUCUUACAAGAUUAUUUUGGAAAACAUGUCCAGCCUACGAGGAUGUGUGAUCUCAAUGGCAAUGAUUGUUUCUUGGGCGUUUCUUCUGCUAUCCUGCAAAGCUGAUACAACAUCAAACAAAGAAGCUGAGGCUCUAAUCAAGUGGAAAGAUAGCCUACCAAACCAAUCAGUUUUCGACUCUUGGGUUUUUCCAACACAUACCAAUAGUUUUUCUUCUACUCCUCCAAGUCCAUGUGAAUGGUAUGGAAUUACCUGUAACCAAGCGGGAAGCGUAAUUGGAAUAAACUUGGCAUCCACAGGGUUAAAAGGUACGCUUCAAAACUUGGAUUUAUCCUCCUUUCAAAACCUUUUAUUCCUUGAUCUUAAAUUCAACAAUCUCACAGGAACAAUACCAAACGACAUUGGCAUUGUUUCCAAACUCCAUUUGCUUAACCUUUCUACAAAUUCUUUCAAUGGAUCUUUACCUCUUUCUCUUGCAAACCUCACUCAGAUUCGUGAACUUGACAUUUCCCGCAACCACUUAUCAGGUGAGAUACCAGCAAAUAUAGGAAAUUUAUCCAAUCUAUCCUUAUUAAACCUGAAAGAUAACCAGCUUUCAGGUGGUUUGACUGUGGGAAUUGGAGCACUAUCCAACUUGGUUACCUUAGAUCUGUCUAUGAACAAUCUAAGGGGACCAAUUCCACAUCAAAUUGGAGACUGUUCCAAGCUGAUGUACUUAUCUUUGAGUAACAAUCAGUUGAAUGGUACAAUACCAAAUAGCAUUGGUAAUCUUCUGGGUUUACACCGGUUACUUGAUUUGAGUUACAAUUCACUUGGCGGAAAAUACCACCCCAGCUUGGCAGGCUUACAAGUUUGGAGAAUUUGAACCUCUCCCACAAUAAUCUCACCGGUUCAAUCCCAAAUUCGCUUGGCAACAUGGUGAGCUUAUUGGAUAUCAAUCUUUCGCACAAUUGUUUGGAGGGUCAUGUCCCUAAUACGAGUGUCUUUCAGUCAGCUCAGCCGGAGGCAUUCGGCAACAACAAUGCUUUAUGUGGAAACAUAAAAGGUCCUCGCCCCUGCAUCGAAACAGAGCAAAAAGGUGGGAUAAAAAAGAAACAGAGACUUUUAAUCUCUUCUUUAGUGGGUGCUCUGUUAUUUUCUUUUAUAUUUCUUGGGAUUUUGGCAUACCUUUGGAGAAAAAAAUCCCCAGCAAAUUUGGUUAAACAGGACAGCAUUCCGAAGGGACAUAAUCGGUUUUCGGCGUGGCAUUUUAAUGCAAAACUUUUGUACGAAGACAUAUUGGAAGCAACAAAUAGUUUUGAUGACAUGUAUUGCAUUGGAGUGGGAAGGAUGGGGAAGGUCUACAGAGUGAAUAUCCCUGGUUGCGAUGUAUUAGCAGUAAAGAAGCUGAAUUUCCAGGCCAGUGAUGAGGCAGAAAUAGAGAAUAUAAAACAUUUUGGGAAAAAAGUAGCAGCUUUGACACAUAUCAAGCAUAGAAACAUUGUGAAACUUUUUGCGUUCGUAUCUCAAGGAAUUGAUGCAUUUUUGGUUUAUGAGUUUAUGGAAAGGGGAAGUUUAGCAGAUAUGCUAAGAAGUGAGAAUGGAGCGAAGGAGUUAGAUUGGAUGAAGAGGAUCCAUAUAGUCAAAGGUGUAGCAUAUGCUUUGUGUUAUAUGCAUCAUGAUUGUGUACCGCCUAUACUUCAUCGAGAUGUAUCCAGCAAAAAUGUAUUAUUAGACUCAGAAUUUGAGGCUCAUGUCUCUGAUUUUGGUGCAGCAAGGUUCCUGAAGCCUGAUUCUUCUAAAUGGACUACGGCGGUUGCUGGAACCUAUGGGUACCUUGCCCCAGAGUUUGCUUAUAGUAUGGUAGUAUCAGAAAAAUGUGAUGUGUAUAGCUUUGGCGUUUUGGCUCUUGAAGUUCUUAUGGGAAAGCAUCCAGGAGAGCGUAUUUGCUGCCUACGAUCCUCGUCGGCUGUUGAUAGAAUACAACUUGGAGAUGUGUUGGAUCCUCGUCUCUCUCCUCCUGCAACUCAAAAUAUUGCUGAUAAAUUAGCUUUGGUUAUGAGCAUUGCUGUUUCAUGUUUGUCGGCAAAUCCUCAAGCUCGUCCUACAAUGACAAGUGUGUCUAGGCUACUUGAGAGUCGAAAUGCAGGCUCCUGAUGACUAGAAGAAUUCUAAUUAUCUUCUCAAUCUUCUUUCCUCUAGCAUGCAUGGUGCAAAAAUUAUAAUACCAUCAUGCAUACCUAUGUUGACUGAGUUUUUUAUUUCUUUUGGUUGAUCAUACGUGAAUUGCUUCCCUUGCAGUUCAACUGUAAUGAUAUAAAAACAGCUUCGUAUAUUAGUGAUUGUCCUUGGACUUAUCACAUAUAUCUCAUAAUCAGAUAAUCUUAAUUAAUUA